GGGAGGAGCAGAGCGGAGCCGGCAGGGAGCGAACCAGGACGGGGGACGGCGAGGGCAGGGGGCGCCUGGCUGGGUAAAGCGCAGGGGCGGGAGCACGGCCGACUGGAGGGUCCGGAGUAGCGAGCGCCCAGAAGGAGGCCACCGGGGAGCCGCGAGGGGCCCUGCCUAGCCCACAGACCACGAGAGGACCCCAGCGUUCGGGCUCCGGGUGCCAGUGCCAUGAGGCUGCUCCUCGCCCUACUGUUCCUGGGCCUGGCGGCCGGCUCUCCCCCGCUGGACGACAACAAGAUCCCCAGCCUGUGCCCGGGGCACCCUGGCCUUCCAGGAACGCCAGGCCACCAUGGCAGCCAGGGCCUGCCAGGCCGCGACGGCCGUGACGGUCGCGACGGCGCGCCCGGGGCUCCGGGCGAGAAAGGCGAGAGCGGGCAGCCGGGGCUGCCGGGGCCGCGAGGAGACCCCGGGCCGCGAGGAGAGGCGGGACCCGCGGGGGCGACCGGGCCUGCGGGGGAGUGCUCCGUGCCCCCACGCUCCGCCUUCAGCGCCAAGCGCUCCGAGAGCCGGGUGCCUCCGCUGUCCGACGCGCCCCUGCCCUUCGACCGCGUGCUGGUGAACGAGCAGGGACAUUACGACGCCACCACCGGCAAGUUCACCUGCCAGGUGCCCGGGGUCUACUAUUUCGCGGUCCACGCCACCGUCUACCGGGCCAGCCUGCAGUUCGAUCUGAUCAAGAAUGGCGAAUCCAUCGCCUCUUUCUUCCAGUUUUUUGGGGGGUGGCCCAAGCCAGCCUCGCUCUCCGGGGGCGCCAUGGUGAGGCUGGAGCCCGAGGACCAGGUGUGGGUGCAGGUGGGCGUGGGUGACUACAUUGGCAUCUAUGCCAGCAUCAAGACAGACAGCACCUUCUCUGGAUUUCUGGUGUACUCUGACUGGCACAACUCCCCCGUCUUCGCUUAGUGCCCACUGGAAAGUGAGCUCGCCCUCUCACUCCUAGAGGAGGGUGCGACACUGACAGCCACAGCACCCAGGAGGGCUGGCUCCCCUGGAAUAUUGUGAAUGACUAGGGAGGUGGGAUAGGGGCCUCUCAGUCCUGCUGCAAGGAAUGGGGACAGAGGCUGUCUGAGAUCAGUUCUGACAGCAUGGGGCAGUGGCUGGAUUUCUGCCCAAGACCAAAGAAUGUGCAGUGCUGGCAAGUGUGGGUUCUCCAGUUGCUCUGGCCCAGGACCCCAUGGUGGGGUGCUCUCUUCCUGGUCCUCUGCCUUUCGGGGUCCUCCCCCAUCCCUCCUACUCCUGGAGCCGGCCUUUUCUCAGAGACCACUCAAUAAAUCUAAAAACCCUC